UUGGGAUACAUCUAUGAGAAACUUCAAUGGACUGGAAAUGAUAAACCACCGCAAGGAUGGACUUUUGAGCUUUUCCAAUAUCCCGAACCAAAACCAUCUACAAAUAACGAUGGAAAUGCACGUAAAAGAAGAUCGAAUGUGCCAACUCGUAAGGCUAGACUUGUUUUCACCAGAAAAGCUGUCAAAGCCGCUGCAAAAUUGGAACAAGAAGAGAAGAAGUAA